AUGGAAGUGAAAUUGGUUCGCAGUGAUUUGUGGCGCCAAUUUUCGACAAUUCAAAAUGAGAUGAUUAUCACAAAACGUGGAAGGUUAGUUUUAAUUUUUUGAAUCUUUUUCUAAUUGUGAUAUUUUUCAGAAAUAUGUUUCCAUCACUUCAAUAUCGAAUCAGUGGAUUGGAAGAAGAUGGCUUGUAUCGAACAAGUUUGUUAUUGGCAUUGGUUGAUGAUAAAAAGUGAGUGUUUCUGGGUUUUUUCAAAUGAGCUGAGAGAAAUUUAUGUGAUCUACCCUAGAAUUUCAGAAAACACGCUUUUCUCUCUACAGUAACCCAGAAUAUCUUAAUUUUAGUUGAUUACUGUUACUGUGAAAACUGAAUUUUACCUUAGGGUACUGUAACUUUUUAAUUAGAUUACUGUAGAGUUUUUGAAAAAAUUGGUACAUUUAUUCAGAACACCGAAAUUUGCAUUGUAUGUUCAAAGUUGGAAAUUACUGUAAAUUGGAGAUUUUUCUAUCAAAGCAGAGUUUCUACAUACAGUAUCUGAAAAGUCUAUUUGUUAAAACUAAUUUUGACCGUACUCACUAAAUUCUUCAUGUUUUCUAUUACUGUAAUUCGGAUUUUAUAAUGAGCCAUAAAAAUACUGUAACAUUUUUUUUGCUUAUAUUUUUCAAUGCCAAAAGUGGAGUCUGAAAUUGGAAAUUGUCUCAGAGAAUGGAAAAUUUUGAAUAAAAUUAAUUAGAGUAAUUUAGAAUUGUUAUGCUUAUUUUGAUGUCAUCUCUGUCAGAAAAAUGUCAACAUUUUAAAAGUGUUGAUAACCUAAAGCUGGUAAAAUACACAGUGUCACAGAAAACUUCACAGUUCUACAACUUGAAAAAUCCUCGAAUCCCUGUUUUUUUUUGCAGAUAUCGCUAUCUCAAUGGUCAAUGGGAUCAAUUUGAGCCAUGUGUCGAAGCGACUCAUUUUCCUCGCGAAGUUUUUGUUGGCGAAACUCGAAGCGGAAAAGAUUUGAUGAAACGAGGAAUUUCUUUCGAGAAAAUCAAAAUCACAAAUGGCGACGAUGUUUGUAAUCCAGCAAGGGAAAUUGUGAGUUUUUUUUUAUUUUUAGAAUUUUUAUGUUUUCAACUUCUCCUAAUUGGACUAGAACAUCUUGAGCUACAAAAGUGUUUUAUCUAAAUAUCUACAAAAAUGCAAAAAGCCACCGUCAUCUGUAAUUAAUUGAUGGUUUGUUACGAUACUAUUCAUAAGAAAAUGUGCUAAUGGGUCCAAGAUGUUUGCUUUUAUGUUGGAAAGAAAUCUGCCUUUAGGAGGGGUUAGGAAAAAGAUCCCGCUGAGCACAGGGUAUACAUAAAUAAUAGAGAGAUACACACAUAUUUUUAGGUAGAUAAUUUUUACAGUAGUCCAUGGUAGAAAAUUUGUUUUAGGGUUCAUUUUCAAAAAAAAAUUUGGAUCAAAAAAAUUAUUUUUUUUAUUACAAAAUGUUUUCAAGGGCAUUUUUUGCAGUUACAGUACAUGUGGAAAUUUUAUAGCAACUACAGUAACGCAAAACAUCUUUAACAUUUUUUUUAAAGUUGGGGAUACUAUAAUUUAUGAAAAAACGUCUGAUCUACAGUAAUCCGAACUACAAAAGUGAAGAACUGCUUAGCUACAGUACUCUGCACUUCAGGUUCUUGUAGUUUGCGUACUGUAGAUUUGGAAUUCCUAUAUGGAACAGUAACCUGGAAUUCAAAAAUCAACCUUAUGGCUACAGUAAUCCAAACUUCAAUAAUUUGAAUUCCAGUUUCUGUUUGCACUGCCGAUCUAAAUCUUGAAAAAAAGUUUAAAAAUUUGAGUUAUUUUGAGAAUCCUAAAUUUUCAAAAUUUGUCCCUCCAAAAUCCCUCUUUCCCUCCCGAUUCUCUUCCCAAAACCCCACUUUUUCAAUCUCUCAUCAAUCAUUCAAACAAUAUAAAUAUUACCAGCUGAUUUUUCUGUCUUCUAAUCCGACAAUAAUAAUGCAUCUCUAUUCAUGUUAUGUCAACAUUGCCCCACCUGUCAAAAAAAUUGUAUCACCUUUCCCAAAAGCACGAACUUCUAAAUCUCAUUUUUACAGAUUCGAAUCCAGUCAAUGCGAAAAUAUAUUCCGAUUUUGGGACUUUACAAAGCUUCUCGAAAUCCACUCGAAGCUCCAAUUAAAAUUGGAGAAUUUCAAUUCGAAGAAACACAAUUUAUUGCAGUCACAGCAUAUCAAAAUACAGCAGUCAAGGAUUUGAAAGUUAUGAAUAAUAAAUAUGCGCAAGGAUUCAGAGACACUGUGCAGACCAAAAGGUUGGUUUUAUCAGUUUAAAAAAAAAUUAAAAAUACAGUUAUCUAAACUUAAUUGUUUGUCAGAUCUUCAACCUCUCCCUCUUCAUAUUCUUCAUCCGAAGAUUCAACAUUCUCACCGCCAAACGAAAAACGCCAAAAACUUUCAACUCCCGAAGAAGAACAAGAAAAUAUUUAUCAACCAAAUGCAAUUCCACAACAACAACAACAACAACUUCAUCCAAACUUUUAUGCUCAACAAUAUUCACAAAAUGCACAUCAAUACAAUCCAUAUUUUCAUCAACAAUAUCAAGAAUAUGCAUAUUAUAAUCAAUAUUGGAUGAAUUAUGCAAAUCAGUACUAA